AUGCGUUUUCUGGGAGUCAGAACAGUUCAAAUAGCAUCUUUAGCAGGAUUCUCGUGGGGAGGAUCGAAGCUUGACGAAAUUCCAGCGGCGAAGCCACGAAUGUGCCCCAUUCAAAUUCAGCGUCCGGAUCAAGCCCAGAAUGACGUUUUACUCAGCAGAAAAGUGAGUCAAAAAAUCAUAUGUUUAAAAAAAUCAAAUUGUUGUUCAGGUUAUAAACCAUUUAGACAGAUCAAACUUGAAACUACGGUUAUAUCAAUACGAAACAUGUCCUUUCUGUUGUAAGGUGAGCUAACAUGACUCAACAAAUAUUUUCUGCCUAUUUCAGGUACGAGCUUUUUUGGAUUAUUAUGGCUUUUCGUACGAAGUGGUCGAGGUGAACCCGGUCACUCGUUCUCAGAUAAAAUUCAGCAAUGAAUACAAAAAAGUAAGCGUUUUGUUAUACUUGCUCUUUUACUCUAGUAUUUCUAGGUGCCUAUCAUUAGAAGCGGAGAGAAAACAUUAACCGAAUCUUCUUUGAUCAUCUCACAGCUGGCCACCUUUAUAGAGAGACCAGAUCAAUCUCUGGAGCAAGUCAUCCAGAUGUAUCCAGGAGUUGAUUCGACAAACGAGAAGGGAAAACCUGUGCGUCUGUGAAUCGUCUAAAAGCUACAAUCGAAAUUAUUGCAGAUGGUGAAUUAUCCGAACAAGUUUUUCAUCAUGAAGGGUAAAGUGGAUGCUGAAGGAAAUAUGGCAGCUGCUCGAGAAGAGAGAGAAUGGCGUGAAUGGGUGGAUAACUGGUUCAUCCACCUCAUUUCUCCAAAUGUUUAUCGUAGCUGGAACGAAUCAUUGGAAACUUUCCGUUGGUUUGAGCAAGUCGGAGACUGGCACCGCACAUUCCCAGCCUGGGAAAGAGUUCUGGCCGUUUACGUUGGUGCAGCAGCUAUGUUCCUCCUUUCCAAAACCUUGAAGAAAAAGUGAGAUCGUCUGAAAUUUAUUGAUAUCCAAUUUAAAAGUUGUAUUUAGGCACAAUAUAUCUGACGAACGAGAAGAGCUGAGAAAAGCGUGUCGAGACUGGAUGGCAGCAAUCGGACCGAACAGAAAAUUCCUGGGAGGAGAUCAGCCCAAUCUCGCAGACUUGGUCGGUUGAACAAUCGCGUUCACUCAAUGCCUUCUUCAUUUCAGUCUCUCUACGGAGCCAUGAACUCUUUCUACGGUUGCUCUGCAUUCAAAGAGGUCAUUUUGGAAGAAAAAAUUGUGGACUGGUGGCGGCGAAUGGACGCACUUGUCAAAAAUCACGAAGGACGGAAAAUGCUAGAAGCGAGAAGCCUGAAACAAUGAAUUGUACGGAUUCACAGGAAAUAAUAGCCUAGUCAUUCGCCUAUUUAGUGCCUUGUUCUUCUGUAUUCUUGUUAUUUUCCUCAUCUUUAUUCGCUACGGACAAAUUCGUUGUUUUAUCCAGUUAGGAUCUCAUUUUAGCAACACAUCCUAUGACUCUCCCACAUAGAUCUAGGACCAACUCCCAGGAGGGGUCCGUGGUCAGUAAGUCCCAUGGUCUGAAGCACCUGCUGGUCAGUGAGCGCGGUCCGAUUGGUCAGCAAGUGCCUCUCUCAGCAGAGUCUUUUUUAAUGAAUUUUGACCUAGCAUUUAGUAAUUUAGCUUUUUUUGAAAUAUGGCUGUUUCUUGCGUGCUUUUUGUGUCAUUUUGUUAGUUUUAGGGUUAGCAACGGGGCGCCCCCGCGCCCCACAUGCUCUCGUUCGCCCCCGGCCCUUUAAGGUGUAAUUAAAAUUCUGAAAAAAAAUUUAGUAGAUUAAUGAGUUUAUUUACUAUCGACGUGCGUUGAGAAAAUUUUUCAAAAAAAAAAAUUUCUGCUCGAUUUUGGAAAAACUGGUCAGGGGCGAGGGGCGCCCCGCAGCCAACCCUAGUUAGUUUACAUUAUAAUGAACUCGUUUCCAAAAAAGCAAGUGAAAUACUGAUUGUAUUCGUCCGAAGCGCGGCCGCAAGAGUCUUCAUGGGUGCCGACUGGAAGCGGCAUGCAUGCCGUUUUCUGCGGCAAAAUGCUGUAAGGGUGCCGAUUCCGUGCAUGCUACGCGCUGAACCCUGCUACCGUGGCUGCUUCUAUGCCGCUCAAAAACCUUGCUUCCUUCCCAUCCCACUUUUCCCUGCUGACAUGCUCAUCCUAUGCUACCGUAGCAACUUGCUGUCCACUUGCCGCUCGCGUGCCCCACCCUUGCUGAAAAUUAUCUGAGUUCAGAUGCGUGCCGUCGGAUGAAUACUGAUUAAUUUCACUUGCUUUUUUGGGAACGUGUUCAUCGACCCAAAAAAUCUUUAGCGCGCACAAUUCUGGAUGUUUCUGAAAACACUGAAAAAGUUGAUUUUCCAACUUUGGCUCCGCGAGCAGCACUCUGGAUGUUGAAAAUAUUCUAGCAGCUGGAUAGAGCAAUCCAAGAGGAUCAUUUUUAUACCAUAACUUGCCCAUUUUUCACUAUUUUUCGCUUAUCUGGACUUUCUGACUUUACAUCAAUUCGUUCGCAUUUUACUACGAAAAGCAGCAAGUCUAGCACCGUAGCCAUGACAUAUACAUGCCCAGCAGCAAGUGCGCUGUGUAGAACAAUCCUAGAGGAUCAUUUUGAUACCCUUACUUAAAUGAUUUCAUCUAUUCUCCGCUGAGCUAGACUUCCUGACUAAAUCUACCAGUUGCAACUGGUCGUUCCAAAAAAUUACCGUUAUGGUAUAAAAAUGAUCCUCUUGGAUUGCUCUAACCAGCGCACUUGCUGCUGAUGAGGUACAUAUCACGGCUGCCCUGACACGGCUGCAAACGUUUAUGCACUGCCAAUAGUACUUCAGUGAGUGUAGUUCACUGACGAAUCGACAAAACUUGGCAAGUUAUAAUAUCAAAAUGAUUGCCAAAACAUGAUCUAUGUAUUCAUUCCACUUGAUGCUGUGAGUGAAUUCAUCACCCCAAGAGACGGUCCCACUUGUACGAUGAAACCUUUGACGUCACUAAAUUAGAGGUAGCAUUCCGCAAAAAGUUUUAUACGAAAUAAGCAGAUUAUACACCUUUAAAAAGAAAGAAAAAAUAUCAUGGCGACAACAAUUUGUUUUGGUCAGUUACUUGAAAAAAAAUUUUUUCCCAACUUUUGGUCAGUAAGCCAUGGCUUGAUAGCCUAGAUCCCUGACUCUCCCAUAAUAAACGCAGUAUCGCUCAUUCUCGGGUGCCACUCACUCGCCGCUGCUGACCAGUCGGAGACCUUUGGAGUGGCGUGCUGUCGCCCGGUUUAGCAGAAAACAGCAUUUUCAGAAUUCGCCAAAGAAUUUGUUGAAGAUAAGAAAAGAACAAAAGUAAAAAAAGCAUAAAAAUACAAGAAGGAGUGAAAGUGACUAGAUAGUUUACAAAUUCGAGAGGGAAUUCCCAUAAGGUCGAAUAUGGAAAUGGGCUCCGUACGCUGAAAUCGAGUAAUUCAGUUUUCUCUAAUUUGUCUGCAUUCACCCAGAAAAUCGAAGUUGUAUUACCAAUUUUGAAAUGCUUUCCUUCUCCGCACUUUUCUUUGUCUUCAAGAUAUGAUCCGAUGAUUCAACAGAGCAUUCUAUAAAAGGUUGAAGUGGAACAUAUAACAUGAAGAGUUCCUAACGAUAAAUGCAUGGCCCGUCUGGAAAUAGCGGAUAGAAUGCGAAUAGCAUCUUACUGUUGUUAAUGACCGCGCGCGCGGUCAUUUACCGUGAACUUUGUAAAUGACCGUGAACUUUUCACUGCUCUAAAUGACCGUGAACUUUUCACUGCUGCACGGGCCGGCAAAGCAUACGGAGGAGUGGAAAUUGUGAAGCUGUAACUUCUCUCAGAAACCUUACAUUUACCUCUGACCUGGCUCAUUUUGAAGAACCCAGUAAAAAUAUACUCUUAUCAAAAAAUCAGAGGUCCCUAUGUUCGAUUUCUGGAGAUAUAUUGAAAAAACCGAAAGUCCUAUGUAUGAAAAGCCGGGCCGUGCUGCUGUAAAUGACAAUGAAAAUUACUUGUAUGACAGUCUGUAAGUGUCUGAGAGCAGAAGAGAAAGCUCAAAAGAGCGGAAGAGGAGAGGUGCCCGCCGUCGACUGCGAGAAGAACGCGGCGAACGCGGGUGAGUGGGCGGACAGCAUAAGAAGUCUGCCUGACUCUCGAGUGUCCCUUUCUGCCAAAAUGGAAUAAAAAUGACCUAAGAGAGAGAGCCUGAAAGUGUCUGAGAGCAGGAGAAACAGUUCGGAAGAGCGGAAUGAGAGGGAAGGGAAUUGCAUGUUUUAAUGAGACCGUCUGUGAACUUCUGAUGGAAACAGUGAUUUCGUGAUAAUUCUUUCCAUUUUGAAAUAAUUUCAUUUGAUCUGCAAAAACUAAACUCUUUUUCUUUUCAUUCCCAAUCGCGAUUAAUCGGAGAAUUUCUAACCCUUUUCUGCUCUUGUGAGCGAAACGCCUCAAAAUUUAGUGCGAAUAACGGGGGCUAAACAGUGCGCGAAACGACACUUCGCCCGUAGGCUCGACAUCGCCAUUGCAUCGUCGAUGCAUCGCAUUUGAACCGCCGAUACAUCGCAAACCGUUGUCUGAGUAGUCGGCAGCGGCGAGUGAGCACUUCAUAUUGCCGAAGCCAAGCAGUGUUUGUUGACGCGUUUGAUACCUCGGCAUGGCGCGAUUCAUGCGCAUUUGAAUUGAUUUUCGCAUUUACUCUUCAGGUCGACGGAGGUCACCGUUUUGAAAAUGUCGGAACACGAAGAACAUCUCGAAUUGGAAGUGACAAUGCCCACCAUUGAAGUGGUAUGUUUUCUAGUAGUCAUAAGCCAUCUGCACUAGUUAAUUAAAAACUUAAAAAUUUAAUUAUAUAAAUUUCGAUGUACUCAUCUGUUCGUAGUGCUACUUUUGCAGCGGGAUGACCGCGAAUCGAGUCCGGAAAUCAGUUCAAUGCAUAUCACGCAGUCGUCAGAAUUCCAAAUGGAAGCAGGACCGGUUGAAUCGGAUGAAGCGGAAGCCGGAUCGGCCGGAUCAGCUGGAACGGCAAGGACGCGUUCCGAGAGCACGGCGAGCGUCCACUCAGAUACUUGGCAGACAAGCGUUUGUUUCUCGUUCAGAGAUUAAACAUUUCAUCCUAGUUUCAGGACGAAAUGGUUGAAAAACUCCGAACUGCGCAGAACAUGCUCGAUUCUGGAUCAUCCCCAAUUCAGAUAAUCCAAAGCCUUUACCCAGAUUUCAACAUUACCAACAUCUCACAUUUGCCCGAAAGAACAGUUAGUUCCGAACGUCGUCUGCUAUUUCAAACUUUUUUUUCAGCAUUUGGCCAUUCUGGGUGAACUUCUAGAUCGUCCACCGAAGAGAGAUAAACUGCCCAGCUACAACACAUUGGGAGACGCCGUCGAGCUGUUCCGCACGAAGAAGAACAUUCUGGUGCUUACUGGAGCCGGAGUGUCCGUCUCCUGUGGCAUUCCGGACUUUCGAAGCAAAGACGGUUAGGAGCAACUGAAGGAUUUCCCUCUUUUCAAUGAUUGUUUCAGGAAUCUACGCCCGAUUGCGCAGCGAGUUCCCGGAUCUUCCUGAUCCGACAGCGAUGUUCGAUAUUCGAUAUUUCCGAUCGAAUCCAGCUCCCUUCUACAACUUUGCUCGCGUAAUCACAUUUAUUAUCUGACUGAUCACAUCUAAUUUCUCUUCAGGAAAUCUUCCCUGGUCAAUUCGUCCCUUCGGUCUCUCAUCGAUUCAUCAAAGAGUUGGAAAGCGCCGGACGUCUUCUGCGCAACUACACUCAGAACAUCGACACUCUCGAGCAUCAGACGGGCAUCAAACGAGUCGUCGAAUGCCAUGGAUCCUUUUCGAAGUGCACAUGCACGCAAUGUGGUCACAAAUACGACGGCAACGAGAUUCGAGAGGAAGUUCUCGAACAACGAGUGGCUCACUGCAAACACUGUCGAGGAGUCAUCAAGCCGAACAUUGUGUUCUUCGGAGAAGAUCUCGGACAAGACUUUCACAAAAACGUUGCCAAAGACAAGCCGAAAGUAGACCUCGUGGUUGUGAUCGGAUCCUCCCUUAAAGUUCGGCCAGUCUCCAUGAUCCCUCUGUGCGUCAGAGAAGAUGUUCCUCAAAUUUUGAUCAACAGAGAGUCGCUUCCACACUACAAACCAGAUAUUGAACUGCUCGGAAACUGCGACGACAUCAUCAGGGACAUUUGCUUUAGCUUGGGCGGAUCCUUCUCGGAAAUGAUUAAUUCUUAUGACGAAAUGAUCGCGAAAAGCUCGCCGAAAGUGAAGGCGUCGCGAAGAAAAAGACAGUUGGUGUCAAACGAAGAAUUCAUGGAUAUGUGUCUGAAACGGAAAAGUAAAGACGAGGAUGACGAGCAAACGAAACGAAUUGGAGAGCCGAACACGAAGAAACCGAGAUUUGAAAAGAACGAUUCGAGGAAGAACUUUGAGAAGAUUCAGGAGCAUAAAGAAGAAGAGGACGACGACUCCACGGACUCGGUCGACGUGCUCGACAGCAUAAAGAAGCCGAGACUUCUGGAUAUCACGACCUUCCUCGAAGACGAUAAAUGUCUUGCGGUACGGUCCACUCUUAUUUCUUUAGGCAAUGCCUUAAUUUAUUCAGAUAUCUGGAAACCAAACCAUUUUUCCCGGAGCAGAAUAUUCGUUCGAUCUGGAAACUCUGAAACUGGUCCGUGAAGUACACCACCACGAUCCAUCAGACAGCUCUUCCGCUGCUUCCUCUUCGGACUCGGAAUCUGAAGGCGCCACCCUCUCUAGAUCUACCUCAGUCGAUGAUAUCAUUUACUACGAGGUACAUACUUUUCUAAAUAUUUUCAAUGCUUUUUUCUUUACAGUACCGCAAAAAUAACCUGCCCCACAUUCUUGUGCGAUCCGAUUCGUGCGACAUGAACUUCCAAUUCGAGCUGUCCGAGAUUGUUGAUGCCGAAGAAUUCUCCCAAUUGUGCGAACACUUCCGAAACUGCGAAUGA